CUAAUAUUAAACCUUUCAUCGCGAUCUCGCCAAUUCGAGCGGAUGCUACCUGAUAUGAUGCCUUGCUUUUAAUCACUCCCCAUAACAGUAAAAAUUGUACAAAUCAUAGGUGUCGUUUAAAUUUUCGACUUUACUUACUGUUACUGUGUUAUAAAUUUAUUCUUAAGUAAAAUGCCACGUGAGACGCGGCGUUGUUGCCUAUAAUCGCGAGUAGUGCCGUCGUUGAAAGAUUUUCCACUAAUUAUGAAAAACUAAUAAAAAUUAACGUACCAUAUGCACCAAAUCGGAGGUAAACACCACGUCGUCAAUGAAAAAUAGGAAAGUAAAGAAAAAUGAGAAAAAUAGGAAAGUAAAGAAAAAUAGAAAUAUAAAAGAAGAAUGUAAUAUAGAAGGGAGUACGUUUAAAGUAAAGAAUGAAAUAUAGAUGAAAUGAAUAGAUGAAAGAUAAGCCGACAAAGUAGUAGACUUAAUGAAAAGGAUAAAAAAUAAAGAGUAGAUAUAAAGAGUAUAGAGUCGAGAGUAUAGAUGAUAAGCACAACUAUAAGCACUAGAAGCACGAAAAGUAAAACGAUGCAGCACGCUCGGGAGUUACUUUCGUAAUGAGCAGAUAAACCGUCAAGACAAAACAGCGCUACUGCUACUCAUAAUUCGUCGAAUUUUUUCAAAGUCCAUGUAAACAAGCGCUGAGCUAAGCCCUUUGCGCGCGUGCUACCGCCGCCGCCAGCAGGCGUCGCCCCCUGCCCCUCCGCCUCGCCCAGUACCUAUAGCCCGCCUUGACAUUUCGCGCGGUAUCUUCGGGCCGCAGUAAGACUAUAGGUAGCUUAUACGCGGUAUUAAUUGUCGCUGAGUUCGUUAGUGCAUCACUACCCGUAACCUCGCAUUCGUGCUACAGUCGUCGUCGCAUCAACACGAUUUGGACCAUGGGGAAUGUUUUUAGCAGCACUUCAAGUGAAAAGAAGGAGGAAUCGGCAGCGAAACGGCACUGCCACAAGUGUGCGGAACAGCCAGCUAGGCCAGGAUCGCCCUGGCAAUGUCAUUCGUGCAUACAGCAGUCUUCUGGGCGGCCAGCUGCACCAGAUUCGCCCUGCCAGUGCUGUAAAGAGCAGUCGUCUGUGCAGCCAGCUGCACCAGGUUCGUCCUGCCAGUGUUGUAAACAGCAGUCGUUUGUGCAGCCAGCACCAGGAUCGUCCUGCCAGUGCUGUAAACAGCAGUCGUCAGUUCAGCUAGCCGCCGCCACAGGAUCGGUUUGCCAGUCUUCUGGGCGGCCAGUCUGCACCGCUGCAAAGGUUGCUGAGCCUCACCAAUGCCGUCAGAGAGAGCAGGAGAGAGCUUGCGAGAACUGCCGCAUUUUAGAAGAGCGGCUGAAGAGAUCGAGAGAAGAUUUGGAAGAGCAAAACAAGGAAAUUGUAGAUUUGCGUAAAAGAAGGAAAUUGGAUCAAGCUUACAUUAGAAAAUUAAAAAAUAAAUAUUGAAUAAAAAUUACAUUAUAGACAGUA